AUUAUUUAUUUCAAUUUGAUCAACUCCGAUCAUGCGGCUCUUGCUCCGCGUGCCGAUCUGCACGCGCAGGAUGCAGAUGUGUAAAUUAAAGCUGACCCAGCCCCGGUUUUGGAUGGAUUAUGGUCCGAGGCUCUUGGCUUCUCCCCGGAGAAGGUCCUCCGUCCACCCGGCACCUGAUGCCUCUCCCUGGGGCAGAGCCCUCACCUCUGUCCCGCGCCUCCAUCCGCUGUCGGGCCCCUCGCUGCUCUUUCUCAACCCGGCAAGCCGGGUUAGGACAGUCCGGCACACACCUGUUGCCUUCAGCAGCUCCUCCUCAGAGGUGGAGAAGAGCCGGACGGACGCACAGGCGGCGCAGACCCCCACCAGCGUCCCCCUGGAGGACGUCAAACGGAUCUUAAGACUCGCUCAUCCGGAGAGAUGGAGAGUGGCAGCUGCUGUCGGCUUCCUGACCGUCUCCAGCACAGUGACCAUGUCAGCUCCAUUCUUUCUUGGCAAAGUGAUCGACACCAUUUACAGCUCUGGAAUGGACAUAGAAACGAUGAAUGCCUCCCUCACAUCCCUUUGCCUCAUGCUGACGGGAGUUUUCCUGUGUGGCGGAGCAGCCAACGCCGCCAGGGUCUACCUCAUGGAGGUUUCAGGCCAACAGAUCAUCCGUAACCUCCGAGGUUCCAUCUUCUUGUCCAUUCUAAGACAGGAAGUGGCGUUUUUCGACAAGAACCGGACCGGAGAGCUCAUAAACCGGCUCUCAGCUGACUCUGCCAUCGUGGGUCACUCCAUCACAGACAAUCUGUCGGAUGGGCUGAGAGCCGUGGCCCAGGCGGUUGCUGGUGUCAGCAUGAUGUUUUACGUCUCUCCCACCCUGGCGAGCUUUGUGCUGCUGAUCGUUCCACCCAUGGCUGGUCUGGCUGUCAUCUACGGCAGAUACCUUCGUGCCAUCUCAAAACGCACACAGGACGCGCUCGCACAGGCCACACAGUUGGCAGAAGAGCGAAUCAGCAAUCUACGGACGGUCAGAGCUUUUGGGAAGGAGCUGUCGGAGGUCAACGCUUACAAACAGAAGACAGACUUUGUCCUCAGCCUGGCUAAGAAGGAAGCCAAAAUGAGAGCGGGUUUCUUCGGAGUGACUGGUCUGAGUGGAAACCUCAUGAUCCUGUCAGUGCUCUACAAAGGAGGUCUUCUGACGGCCAGUCAGCACAUGACUGUAGGAGAGCUCUCAUCGUUCCUCAUGUACACCUUCUGGGUUGGCAUCAGUAUUGCAGGACUGAGUUCGUUUUACUCUGAGCUGAUGAAGGGUUUUGGAGCAGGAUCCAGACUCUGGGAGCUUCUGGAGAGAAAGCCUGAGUUUCCUCUAGAUGAAGGGUGUGUCCUUCCCCCAGAGCAGCUCAAAGGCCAGCUGGAGUUCUGCAAUGUCUCCUUUGCUUACCCGACUCGUAAGGAGGCUCAUAUCUUUCACAACCUCAACCUCCUGGUUCCAGCCGGGACCAUCAUGGCUGUAGUGGGACCCAGCGGGUCAGGGAAGUCCUCGCUGGUGUCACUUCUUCUCAGGUUGUAUGAUCCUGACACAGGAGUCAUCACCAUUGACGGACACGACAUCCGGGAUCUGAAUCCGUACUGGCUAAGAGCUCAUAUCGGAACUGUGAGCCAGGAGCCGGUGCUGUUUUCCUGCUCCAUCAGGGACAAUAUAGCAUACGGUGCUGUGGACCCUGAUGCUGUGACCACAGAGGACAUCUACAGGGCCGCCAAAGUGGCUAACGCUUUUGACUUUGUCCAGAGCUUUCCUAAAGGCUUUGACACGGUGGUGGGGGAGAAAGGAGUGCUGCUAUCAGGUGGUCAGAAGCAGAGGAUAGCCAUCGCCAGAGCUCUGCUUAAGAAUCCAAAGAUCCUACUAUUAGAUGAGGCCACCAGCGCUCUGGAUGCUGAGAACGAGUCUCUUGUCCAGGAGGCAUUGGAGCGUCUGAUGGAAGGAAGAACAGUGGUGAUCAUUGCUCAUCGCCUAUCCACCAUCAAGAAUGCAGAUGCGGUGGCCGUGCUGGAUCAGAGGCGCAUCGCAGAGUGCGGAAAUCCCACAGAGCUGCUCAGCAACCAGGAAGGACAGUUCAGGAAACUGAUGGAGAAACAGGCGUUCCUGCAGAAAGAACAGCAGCGAGCGCUUCUUUGAGAAAACUAUACGAUAAGGAUAAAAACUGAAGAGGUGUUGGUGACUCAGUAAAUGGAAAAAGUACUGAACUCUCAGUCACAUGAAGAGGAAAAGGGGGAUGAACCUUAUCCACAGAAAGAGCAACCAGAGAUAAUCAAGAGAACAGACGCUCUUCUCUCUGUGGAAUCACGGGCAGCUUCAAUCUAAGUAUCAUAACUGGAAAGAGUUUGAAAAAGUACAAAAAGGUUGUGAUUUUUUUUAAUCACAUUAUGAUAUUAAUAACAAAGCUUUUGUAAGUUCAGGAUGAAUCACACAAUCUGUUAAAAAUAUAAUGAUGUUUUUAUACAAUUGUUUUUACUUAAAGGUAAGUUAAAAGGCUUUUUACUUUUAUUUUAUAGGCUAAAGAAAUGAAAGCAGCUAUGUUUGAUAUAACACUGAAUAUUGAUAUUUUAAAGGGUUCUUGCACUGGUUGGUCAAAGAAAAAAAAAGAAAAAAAAGUGUCAAAGCUGAGGUGCUACAUGCCUAAAAGCGAUGUCAGUUGUGGCUUGGACUUCUGCAUUCACAUGACAUUAGUGAAGCUGCAUAUUUAUGAUGCAGUCAGUGGAGAUUUGUAUGCAUGGAUCACUCCUCCCAACAGUUAUCUGAAUCCGCAAAUAUCUUGAUAAGAAACCUUUUGAAGGUUAGGCCCUGAUGACAUUCGUAGUAAGAAAAAGUGGCACCAAAAGUGCACUGUGAUAGUCACCUGUCCAGGGUACCUGUCAUCCGCUCAGGUAACAACAAUUUGUGGAUGGAAGUCGACAUCAAAACAUGGAAUUGUGCAGCAAUGAGGGUUGCAUUACAGUAUAUCUAACUUGGUCACACGUUUGCCUCUUUUACCCUCCCUGCAGUGUUUACAGGAUGUUCACUUCACAGCCUUAAAUUCUUCACAAUUAUGUCUGGAACUGUGCGCGUGUUGCCCUUAAGCCACGUAAAUAUUGGAGCUGGCGCAGGGAUGUAAUAAUUCACCUCAGUAAAUAUUUGGACAGCUA